AUGUCUAGUGGCGUAUGCCUUCUGUCGGUCUCGCUGUGCAAGGCGCAAGGAUCGGUUCACACCGUUGCUGGAACUUUGGGCCCUUUCUCACCGACUUGGUUCCAUACCAGGUUGGAUGUUGUCUUGGAUGCAGGGUGCAAAGUCAACAAAUCUGCAGUUGCUUACCUAAUCGAGGAUGAAGGUCUGGCCGUUGCGGCUGUUCCAGUAACUGAUGGAUUAUACAGUGAACUGAGUAGUCUUCGGUACUUUCAGGAGAAACGGGAAAAGUUUUGUUACGUAGUACCUAUCAAGCCAAAUUCUACGUACAUCAUCCGAUCCUCCUAUUGGUACGGUAACUAUGACGGGACUAAUACUCCACCAAAGUUCAACUUCGCUAUAGACUCAACAAGAAUAAGUGUCAUAGACAUAAGCCAAUUGGCUGAUGAGCCUCAGCAUGCUGAAGUAAUUUAUCGAACGAAAGGAACUGCUACGAAUAUUUCAUAUUGUUUGUUUCAAGAUUCUACAUCUAAGGGGACACCCUUCAUAUCUUCUUUGGUAUUCAGACAAGUGCCAGAUCUUUCAUAUUCAUAUUCCCGCAGACUUGGAGGGAAUUUUAUGAUUCUUCUGGAACGACUCAAUUACGGUGGUUAUGCUGUCAUAAGGUAUCCAGAUGAUGCAUUCGAUCGUCUGUGGACUCCUUGGGUCGAACCUCCGACAUUAACAACAAUAUCCAUAGUGACGCCGGUAUUUGAUUCUGGCUACUUUAUCAAACCUGUUUCUGAAGUGAUGCAAACUGCCAUAACUUCUCCUACACUCUCACUGGUAAAAUUACCAGUUAAUUACAGCACGCACGGCUUGGAUUCCAUUUCAGCUACUCUGUAUUGUUACAUAGCUGAGCUGGACGCUUCAGCCAAUGCGACUUCAAGGUCCUUCCGCCUUGAAUUAGGAGGAACAGAUGGUGCGAUGCUUUUCAACCCUUACAACGAUACGGGGGGAGCCUUCAUUUCCUCGGUAUGGGGAACUGCGGAAUAUUUGAUUUCCUCAGACACUGUUGUCAGUCUGAUUCCAGAACCUGGGUCAAUUUUUCCUCCACUGCUCAAUGCUCUCGAAAUCUACCUUAAUCUUCCAGACGCAGUCGCUGGUACCAAUGAGCUAGACGGUCAGCACCAAUAUUGUUCACUAUUUUGUGCCUUCGUUUAA